AUUGGGACAUUAACCUACAUUAACCUAAGGAAUAUAGGAAGGACCUAACCUAAGGACCCUAACCUAAAGACCCUAAGAAGACAAAGCAGGGGAUUAAUAAGAAGAAAAAGUACCUAAGGAAUAAAAUUUGCAAAAGUGAGGCAUCCCUCGAAGAUGUCACAUCUUUGGAUUCAUCGCAUAGUAUUGUGACCCUUUUUCUUGGGUCGGAGACCAAAUAGGAAAUUCAGAAGAAGGAGAACGAUUGGGACAUCGAAUCAUUUCAGCAGAUUUCGAAUUCGAACCAGUUCGAACUUCGAUUCCACUUAUACCCUACAUAUAUGAAUUAAAAGUUUUCUGCAGUUUUCUGUACUUGAGAAGCUGAUUUCCGAUUUACGGAUUAAAAAAGAAUUGUUAAUAGGAAAUUUCGUGUAUGGAAAAAUACGGAUGGAAAAGAGAAUUGAUACAAGAAAUUCAUUGUGCUAUGUUGAUAAAAGCUAUACUCAAAAUCAUUGUACCUAUAAUGUUAUACUUUGUAUAACAUGUAUAAAAUUUUGUUGUCAAAGGUGUUGUUUUAAUUCAGACUUCAUUGUGAAUAAUAGAGACCUAUUGUGAAUAAAAAAAAGUUAUACAUAUUUUUUAAUUUUAACAUAUACUACUAUGAGAAAAGGAAAUGAAUAUGCAUUAUAUAUUUACAUCUGGAAUAAAGAGAAGCAAUCAAAUUGAUGAUAAGAUUGUACUUGAGAAAUCUAUGUGAUGAGAAAUUUAUCAUCAUAAACAAACAAUACUUGUUUUCAUGUUACUCUUCCUACAUUGUAAUCAUUCCUUAAUUUUAACGAGCUGAAAACGAAAAAACGGAAGUGCCAAGCUCACAUUCACAGCAUCAAUGGAAGUAAUACCUGGAAAAAGGAGAAACAGUUUUAUAUAUGUAUAUGAGGGAUAUAAAUAUAAUAUUGAUAAAAGAUAUACUCAUGUAUAUCGCUGUGCAAGAAGACGCAGUCAUUUAUGUAGAGGCGUAUUAAUGGUACAAAAUGAAAAAUUUACUUUAGGAAAUACGCAUAAUCAUCCAAGUGAACCUCAUGUUAUAGAUAUUUUCAAAUUAAAAAGAGAAAUGAUUCAAAUGUCUAAACAUACCACUGCAACAUCCAAAGAAAUAUAUAAUACAAUUUCUCAAAAGAAUCAAAGUGCAGCAGCAAAUAUUUCGUAUAAUGCAAUGAAAACUCUGUUGUCAAGAGAAAAAAUUAAAAUGCGACCUCCAGUACCUUCAAGUGUUUGUGAUUUAAAUGAUUUACUUAAAGAAUAUGAAUUUACAAAAUCUGUUUAUAAAAGCUGCAUUAUAUCUGAAGACAACAAAUAUUCAUAUAUUUUCACUACUGAUAAACUUUUAAAAUUAUUAGAGAAGAGUUCUGAAAUUUAUGUAAAUGGAACAUUUUCCGCUAUACCCAGAAUGCCAAAAUUUGCCAAAUUAUUUUCAGUACAUGUGCGAUACAUGGAGAAGGGUGUUGUAGUAUUACUUAUUCUAUGCGAAGCGAAAACAGAAUUUGUUUACAAUUCGAUAUGGAAAGAAAUAGUUAAAUUGGUACCUAAGUUACAAAACAAUUUACAUUAUAUAAUAAUGGAUUAUGAAAAAGUAUUAAUGAAUACUCUUCAUAAACAAUUUCCUCAGGCAUCUCUAUAUGGCUAUUGGUUCCAUUAUUGCCAAACAGUUUUGAAAAAAUGGAUACAGUUAGGACUUACUAUACCGCAUAAGGUAGUGUCCAUAGCAAUGGCGUUAGCAUUAGCACCACCAGAAAUGUUUUCACAAGGUUUAAAUCUUAUGCAAAUAAUUACGAAUAAAGAAUGUUAUUUUUAUCCUAAUAUGAUACUUUUUAUGGCAUAUAUGAAAAGUACAUGGCUUUCAAUAUUAGAAAAAGUUUGCGUAUAUCGCUGCCCAAAGGCAGCGGAUAGGACCACUAACUUUGUAGAAUCGUUUCAUAAUAUCAUGAUACAUAAAAUCCAAACGGUUCAUCCAAAUUUAUGGUUAUUUUUAAAUAAUGUUUCUAAACUAAUUAUGAAUCAAGAAAUCAAUUAUGAUCGUUUAAUAAACGGUCAACAAAUGACAAACAUCCGUUUUCCAUCCAGUAUGUUUAGAAAUAUAAAAAUACGAGACGCACAAAAUUAUUUAUCUUCUGGUCUUUUUUCUUUAGAACAAUUUCUGCAAGUUUUUGAUAAUGAAAUGAGUUAUCAGCAACAUCAUAUGUCAUCAUUAAUUGAUCUCAGUGUUGAAGACGAGGAAAUAUAUGCUGAUUUACUUACAGAAGAAGUUGUUAAUUCAGUUUCAACUUCUGAAUUCCAUAUAAAAAAAAAAGUCAGAGACGAAGGGGUGAAGACGAACGAGAAAAUUUCAAGGUUCAAGCUAGGAAAAAAAAAGUUCAGGGAAAUACUCACGAUAACGCAGUUGAAGAUAUGGAAAAAAAAGUUGAGGAAAAUAUUUACGCUAAUGAAGUUGAAGCUAGGGAAAAAGAAAUCGAGAUACAUACUUAAAAUAAUAAAGAACAUAUUCACAAAGUGUCUGAAGAUGAUUAUGGAUACUGGCUUAUUAAAAAGAGUACAGAAAAAGAAAAUGCUCCAUUUUUUUCUGUAAAAAAUAUAAAAUGGAUUACAGGUAAAAACAGAUACAUAAUGAAAGAAAAUGUACCAUAUGUUUAAAUGAAAAAUUAACAUAAUCUUCGUAUCACGUGGACAUGUUGCUUCAAAAUUACGUACAGAAGUUAAAAUACGAGAAAUGUCCUAUUUGCAGCAACAAUUAUCAUCGGUAUUAUCAACGACAAAUAAUACCAUAAAUCAGAUAAAGGUUUCAAUUUAUGAAUAUCCCUAUCUAUGUAUUAUGAUUUUGAGAGUGAAUUUAUUAAGAGCUUUUCAGCUAUAAAUGACACUGUCAGACACAAGAGCGCGAUGUAAAGUUGUUCAUUGUUUAAACUGCGCAAUUUUUUAUCUCUCCUAAAUAGUUAAUAGUCAUGACAUACAAGUCACCAAAACUCCACAGAAUUGGUACCUGGGACCAAUAAGAGACCAGGUCAUGUAAUCAGUUUGCAACUCUCUUUCCAUUCUCUAGUGUAGAACUCAUGAUGGAUAAAAGUCAUUAUACAUUAUGCUUACUCAACACUUAUCACGACAGCAAAUCAGAAGCAUCAGUGACUCUAUGUUUAGCAAUAAAAAUCGAUCAGAUAUUUUAAGAUAUUAAGGAUGAUGUUCCAUGAUAGUCGGCAUUUCAAAAAACAGAAUCUUAAAAGAAUAAACUGGAUAUAAUAUAUAUCUGAAAUAAAAAAUAAAAAAUCGACGAAAGUAAAUUUUAUCUCCAAUUUACUAAUCAACGCUCACAAUCAGUCUGCAUGAGGAUCUGGACUAAUACAACCAGAGGGAGAGUGCUUUCCAGUAAGGACACAGUUUAGAAUUGAUAGACUACGGUUUCUUUUUAUUAUUUCACAGAAUAAAACAUGUUUCUUCUUAAA